AACUCGUUUUCGUCUGGCUCCUACUUUUAUCAGAAUUCAAGGAGCAAACGUUCACGCAGAUCAAGAGAGAUUUGGCCACAGUGAAACUUCCUGCAAACCAUGAAUUUUUCAUAAAGCUCACCGAAGUAGAUCGUAUUGACAUCGAGAAAGCUACAACUAUUAUACCUCUCGACGUGAUUCAUAAACUUGUCGAGGCUAAUAUUCUCAAAGAACAUCAGAACUACACUGUGUCCUUUCAUUCACGUUAUAUCGAUACCUAUUUUAAAGAGGUAAUUCUUGCUGAUGAUGUUGCGAUUCAUAAAUAUCCUAACAUUGAUGAAUUUGCUUUAGCAAUCAUGACGAGUAAUACUAAUAAUAAAACUGAUCCAAAUGAAAAAUUUCCUCAAUUAUACGAGGUGCUUUUAUAUAAGAAAAAAGAUAUAACAGCUAUUCAGAAAAAACUUGGUAUUAACAAUAAUAUAAAUCAAAUGGCAGUGUCGGAAAGCAAGAAAGCGAAAAAACUUGCCGAUUCAUAUGAAUUGCUGUUAGAAUUGGUGAGGGAUUUAAUACCUAUACAGAUGAAACUUGGUAUAGAUAUCAAUCCCAUUUUAGAAGCAGAACUUAGAAGGGAUAAAGCCUCUUCAGAUAAACCAAUUAGAUUAUUUGAUUUGCUUUUAUGCUUAGAAGAUGAUAUAGCGACAAUUCAGGAAGAACUUGAUAUUGACGGUUAUACUAAUCAAGAAAUGGCAGAAGAAGCCGAUAAAAAUGCAAGAGUGUACCUCCGAAAGUUUGAAGAAUUUCAUGGUUUCUUAGAAGAUGUUCCAAGUGUAUUAAUACAGAAAUUCAUCGAUAGUGGGGUAAAGAAAUUUUGGUUUACUGGUGAGGAACUAUCAUUAUUUCUGAAUGUCUCUCUUCAAUAA